AUGUUAGGCACAUGUAUCCCUUCCGAGGAAAGUGAACCUAGACUAGGUAAGUUCUCUCUGGUGUACUUUUGUAAUUUUAAUUUAAAGGCAAGUCAUUAUCUAUUGCCUUUUUUAAGCCACGGACAGGGCCAAUGGCUGUAAAAUAAGUGGCCCGGUUGUUUCAUCAUUUUUCCUGAUUUUCCUUAAUAGAAUCCCGAGUAAGACUUCGAUCAAAGUAGAUGAAAAAAGCAUCUAGCUAGUGAAAGCAUGAACGAAAGUCGGAUUAAAUACCCGUUGUGUCACUUUAGUACACUAAAACCUCAAAACUAAGUAAAGAGGAUAUCCAAUUUUAGUAACCCCACUUACACAAUUUACGCUAUUUCUUUCCUGCCCUCCCAUCCCUAACAUUUUACAUGUAUUUCUAUUGUUAUCCAUCUUUUUCCAAUUUGUUUUUCUUUUUGACAUUAUCAACUAGAGAUAUGUAAUCUACCUCCCAAGAAAGGACUUUGCAUGGCAUGGAUUCCUCGGUAUUAUUACAACACCCGCACACAUACCUGCAAACGUUUCAUCUAUGGCGGAUGUCAGGGCAAUGCGAACAACUUCGAAACAAUUGAAGAGUGCAAGAGCUCAUGCAUGGGUAAGAAACCAAUACGUAUCAUUUAAAGGAAAACCAGAAGACCAGGUUAUCUUAGUAAUUCAUUUACUGACAAGCCACAGAGCCUACUGUUACUAUACUAUCACUACCACUAACUCGUUGAAAGAAAUUCUAGUAGAAGCUUUUAUGACCCAACAAAUUACUGUUAAGUAUAGAAAAUUGGACUGAAAAACCUUUUGUUCCAAUUAAAACUUAAGCUUUUGCGUAAAAAAUCGACCUUACAGUGAAGAAUUGAGUGGCAUUUAUCUUAGCUUAGGGAGGAUAAGGGAUGGUGGAUGAGCCUCUUUCACGGGACGAAAAAUGGAUUUGCUCCUUACAAAUAUGUCGUAAAUAUAUUAAUACUUAGGAGCAAAUAUAUGGCAAAGAUAGUUAAUGCCACAUUUGCCUAGUUACUUACACCCCCUGUUUUGGGAAUGCAAAUGUGGCAUUUACCAUCUUUGCCAUAUAUUUAAUCAUCAUUAUUAUUCUGAUUGGCUAAAAGCACACAUUUAACUCACCAUAACUAGUUACUGAUGACCAAAUUUGGAAGAAUUUCGACUUAAACGAGGAAAUGACGUCAAAAAUGCAGCGUUUUCGCAGGUAAAGGCACCGUCAACCGAGAAGACCUGGGGACGAGGUUGAGUUGUUUUGGUUGUGAACUUGAAAAAAUGGCGGACAUUUCAAUCGUUUCAAGAGUUAGAACUAGGCGAAAAAAUAGCUAAAAACAUGGCAAGGACAGCAAGAAGACAACUCGAAGGGUGACAUCUGCGAUUUGGAGAAUAUUUGCGGGGCUGGACAAACCUAAACGUACACUAUCGAAGAUAAACUGAACAUCGAUGGAUCGAUGGACGUAAGCAUGUUUUAGCUAUGUUUUUAAACUAGGAAUUAUUUUGAAUGAAUAAUAAAACAGUUAUUGAAUUCGGCUUUCGUAUCAUAUGAAGAAUUAUGGAGAUCUCGGAGGGUGUUACCCGCCUCGGCCUACGGCCUCGACGGAUAGCACCCUCCUCGAUCUCCAUAAUUCUUCAUAAGAUACUCAGCCUCUUUCAUUAACUGUUAAGUAUUUACAUAUUUGCGACAUAUUUGCAAGGAGCAAAUUUGUGCAAACCAUUUUUUCGUCCAGUGUUUGAUUUCUCCAAGGGUAAAAGAGNGGCACCGUUAACCGAGAAGACCUGGGGACGAGGUUGAGUUGUUUUGGUUGUGAACUUGAAAAAAUGGCGGACAUUUCACUCGUUUCAAGAGUAAGAACUAGGCGAAAAAAUAGCUAAAAACAUGGCAAGAACAGCAAGAAGACAACUCGAAGGGUGACAUAUGCGAUUUGGAGAAUAUUUGCGGGGCUGGACAAACCUAAACGUACACUAUCGAAGAUGAACUGAACAUCGAUGGAUCGAUGGAGGUAAGCAUGUUUUAGCUAUGUUUUUCAACUAGGAAUUAUUUUGAAUGAAUAGUAAAACAGUUAUUGAAUUCGGCUUUCGUAUCAUAUGAAGAAUUAUUGAGAUCUCGGAGGGUGUUACCCACCUCGGCCUACGGCCUCCACGGAUAACACCCUCCUCGAUCUCCAUAAUUCUUCAUAAGAUACUCAGCCUCUUUCAUUAACUGUUAAGUAUUUACAUAUUUGCGACAUAUUUGCAAGGAGCAAAUUUGUGCAAACCAUUUUUUCGUCCAGUGUUUGAUUUCUCCAAGGGUAAAAGAGCGUCAAAAGGAGUAAAUCCUUAAUAUAGGUCCUAGUUUAGGCAGGUAUUUUACAUUUUUUGACUGAAAUAAUGUCGUCGCAUAUUUGGAUAUAAACUUUCUUAAAAAUAGUUUUAAAAAAUAAUUCCACAUGAUUUAACCCUAUAUGAAUUUUCGCUAUUUUGAAUCUUAAAAUAUCUUGAAAGAAAUAGCCCAGAGCGAAGAGUUUCUUAACAAUGAUUAUAGCUUCAUUAACCCUCGUCAAGUCUGACACGCCCUUCCUCGUAAAGACUUUUAUUCUUGGGCUAUCAUUGCUUGAUAAGAAAUAGAACACAAACAGUGGUGAUAAACAUAUUCAACGUGGUCAUUUUUAUAAACUUGACGUUUCGUAUACUACUCAACAUACAUUUUCAAAAGUACCGUUACAAUUUCGAAAUCUAUGUACUUACUUGCUAUGGAGCUAAACAUCAGCAAAGUAAUUACUUGUAGAUGAUUGUAUGCCAGAAAUUAUAUUUAAAUUUACAAGCAACCGAGAGCAGCUUUACAGAAGAAGAUAGAUUGAAAAACUGUCCGCCUAAACAGUUUUUCAGAAGCCCAAAAUGCUAUUUUGUUUUAAUCCUUUUCGAUUUUUUACAUCCGUACAUUAAGCCAUUGAUGUUUUCGGUUUACAUCUGAAUUUUGCUAAAUUUCGGCUUGUUAAACUUGGUUUGGCCUGCUUACUCAAUAUAAACCUGGAGACGAUUUCAUUUCUUUUUUCAGCUGACAGUGAACUGGAAACCUGCAAUCUGCCCCCUGAAACAGGACCAUGCAAGGCUGCGAUUCCUCGGUAUUUCUUCAAUCCUCACACUCAUGAAUGUGAACGUUUCACUUAUGGUGGAUGUCAGGGCAAUGCAAAUAACUUCAAGACUCUUGAAGACUGCGAAAAGUCGUGCGCACGUAAGAUCGCUAUAAACUUUGAUCGCUGUAUGUAUUGGUAAUAGCAGGAUUUGCAGUGAUAUUUGGCAUAAAUACCACGAGUGAUAUUUUGAAAUUGUUAUACGUAAUUUCACGAGCCGUUAGGCGUGUGAAAUUUGAGACAAUUUUGAAAUAUCACGAAUGGUAUUUAUGCCAAAUAUCACUGCAAAUCAUGCUAUUAUCUGUUUAUACUACUAGGUAUAAUUUCAAAUUAAGCUGAAAUACCACUGCUCUAAGCUAAUCAAAUUGCAGAAAUUUCUCAUGUAGUAGUAUAUAGAAUGUAAUUUUUCUUAUCUCAAACAAUAAUAUUUCUGCCUCAUUGGUCAUUCGAUGCUGGCCAUGUUGUUAGCAGAGAGCAUUAGAUUCUACAGCGAGGACGACUACGCGAACGAACUUUUCUUGAUACUGAGUAGUGCGCGCGCGUGAACUAGGCUGCGUCAUUUUGGCGGGAAACGCCAUGGCCUUUGACGUUCUGCUACGGGUUUUGACGAAAAUGCCGUGUUGGCAAAAAAGGUUUUCAAAUGGUAUCAGUUUUAUCAUUAUGUGCUCUUGAGAGGGCUUAGCCUCCCUCAGUAGAAAUAUCCCUCUUAACAUUUCUGGUGCAAAAAGUAAAAUUGAGAUUUAGCGGAUGUCUAUUAGUUUCUGAGAAAAAACGAAAAAAAUAUAAGUUAAAUCUCGUCCUGGAAACUAAAGGUCUCUUUUAACAAUCCCUAAUUUUUAGCUCCUCGAUCAGACGUUGAAGUAGAAAGCUGCAAUCUACCUCCAAAGCCUGGGCCCUGUAAGGCAGCCAUACCUCGGUAUUACUUCAACCCACGCACCUAUAACUGUGAGCGAUUCACCUAUGGUGGAUGCCGCGGCAAUGCUAAUAACUUCAAGACUCUUGAGGAGUGCAAGGCUUCAUGCUUGCGUGAGUAUUUCUGUAUUAUCCAUAUAUAGAUUGUUUUCACAAGACGUCACGGCGGCCAAAUUGGUAUACAAAACAAUGAAAUUGCCGCUGUUUUGCUGCUGCGGUACUGAAAAAAUCAUGCGGGGAUUGAACUCUUUUCUCUUUUUAAAAGUUUUUUUCUCCUAAAAAAUUUACAUAGCUUACAAAAUUGUUUUAAAAAGUAAUAAGUAAAAAGUCCGUUAAUUAAAUAAGGAAGGUUGCUUUUUACUUGUACAAGUUUAUCUCAAGAUAUGUAAGAGGGAAUUCCAAACUAGUGUGGCCGAAGUCUAUCUAAAGUUUUCAUUUUUUCUGUUUCAUUCGAAGUUUUCAGCUUGAAGUUUGGUUUCCGAUAAUUUCCCAGUUUUCAAUUUUGCAUGAAAAAUUUUUUGCGAAUUUCGCCCAGUUUCUCUCCUUUCGAGAUCUGGAAAUCUCGACCAUACAGAAAGCGAUUUUAAGAAUGCUUAUGGGUGGUGGUGGAAGAGUUAACUCAGGGUUUACAACCCUGCCUUAAAAGAAGCAACCUGUUAAUGCAACCUCACUAGGAAACACCACAGGCUAUCGUUCGUCUCGGGCGCUUGACUUAUUGCAGUAGCGCCAGCAGCCCUACUGGGAACUCAAGUCAAGGGAGGCCAGAACAGAAAUCAUGUAUGCAGAAACCUAGCAAAGGCCUUUUGUGCCAACACGCGUGAAGAGUUUAGUGGCAAUUUGUAUCUGUGAUGGGAUGUGUUUCUUACAAGAUUCUGCUGUGUAGCUUCUCUUUCAGACAGUCAAGAGGCCAGCUGCAACCUCCCUCCCGAGAAGGGACGCUGUAUGGCCAUCAUUCCUCGGUAUUACUACAACCCGCGCUCUCAUAGUUGUGAACGUUUCAUAUAUGGAGGGUGUCAGGGUAACGCUAAUAACUUUGAGACUGUCGACGAGUGCAAGAGAUCGUGCAUGCGUAAGUGUAUUCAACAAUUAUUCCUCGAGCCCGGAUGGGCUCUGGGUCAAUAGCCCAUGAGGCCAAAGCCGAAUGGGCUAUUGACACAGAGGUCAUGAGGGCUAUAACAUAUAUAACAUAUAGCUUAGUAGUAGCUCAACCAAUCAGAACGCAGCAUUGAUAACCACUAGCUGGAUUUUUACUAAAUAUAGUUAUUUCUCUCUAUUAAACAAAGCGAUUUCAUUUCUGCCUUAGGUUGGCAAUUUGCUUUAAACGAUGUGCAAACUAAUGCUCUCAAUGAACCUUCAGUCGCUUUAUCUGAGUUACAUUUUUGGUCGGAUUAUUUGUUUUCUCUUGCCAAAAUGACAAAGAAAAAAUCCUACCCUAAACAUUCCUAGUUCCCAACUAUCCCGCCAUAACGGCUAUUUACUUCUUAUCUAUCUACUUGCAGAGAGGUUUUAAGAGCCGCUUUUACUCGAAUAAAGGCCGCACCCAAUCAGAAGACUGCGGCGUCAAGAGAUUCCAAGAUUAUAAGAAAGAACUCAGUUCAACUCGGCAAUGAAAAGACAGUUACGAUCUCAUCCCAGGAAUAAUAUUACAAUUUUAUUUCAAUAAAAAAACAAGAGUUUGGAACUUAAAACAUCUGUCCGUUUUACAUAACGUUUCUAUAGUUAUGAACUUGUUAAUAAUUCACCGUAAUUGUCGUUAGUGAUUUACAGAAAUUUGAUUCUGGAAUAAACAAAUUAACGCUAAAUAUUUAAUAAACGCCGCUGCACUUAAUCGAGUAAGGACAGUAAUUGGUCAUACUAACGGCCUGCGGCCUGGACGAACGGUAGCACAGAAAUCGAAAACGUUUUCAGGGAAAUCAUUCAGUUCGGGGAAUCCAACAAGUUCCUACUAUCUGGCUUAUUUUUCAGAGGACAGUGAACUAGGACGUUGCAAUCUUCCUUUAAAGACUGGACUCUGUAAGGCGGCGAUUCCUCGGUUUUUUUACAACCCACGGACUCAUGAGUGUGAACGUUUCACUUAUGGCGGAUGUCAGGGCAAUGCAAAUAACUUCAAGACUCUUGAAGACUGCGAGGUUUCUUGUGCGGGUAAGCAA